AUACAGUGGAGGAUCAGCAAAGAAAGGAAAGAAAAAUCUCUGGUAUUAAUACAAAAUAGUCUACUGAUAUUAAUAUCAAAUAUUCUAACCAUUAUUUAGUUGUAAAUGACCUAUCAAUUAGUCAAGGGAAAAAAGAAAGAAAGAAACCCAAUAAGGAGGAGACCAAAAAAAAUAAGGGGGCUUUUAGAAUCACAUGGCCCAUUCUUUACUAAAUUUUUUUAAGCACUUAUACCUCCAACCCGAGGAAUCAAGAGAUAAACAUUGCAAAUAGUUCCCAUUGCUAUGGCUAGUCUAUGAGAAAUUGGAGACAGGAGGGAGUAGGAAAAUAGAGAAAGUUUACAUGUAAGUAUCUCAUAUUAAUUAGCAAAAAUACAAAUUAGGAGAGGAAACUAGAGAUCCAGUUGUAGGCAUAGAGAUUGUACGAGAAAUUGGUUGUUAAAGUUAUAUAUAUUGCUUAUACAAGGUGAGACAUUCCAUAAGUUGUGAGUGUGGUUUACAUGUAAGUAUCUCAUAUUAAUUAGCAAAAAUACAAAUUAGGAGAGGAAACUAGAGAUCCAGUUGUAGGCAUAGAGAUUGUACGAGAAAUUGGUUGUUAAAGUUAUAUAUAUUGCUUAUACAAGGUGAGACAAUCCAUAAGUUGUGAGUGUGGUAGUCAAUUUAUUCAUAGGCCAAGAGAAGUUCUCCUUCAUACAGUUUACUGGAUACUAUAUUACUUAAGGCCAUUCUUAACAAAACAAUUAUAUUCAAAGGGAAUACUGGAUUAGUAUUGAGGCAUUACACGAAACAAAUUAUGCAGGCUCACCAGUUGAUUAGGUCAAUUUUGUGACCUAAAGGAGUAAAAAACAUAGUAUAGUCAUUACAUCCAGUGUAGUUUCGGAGUUCAAAGCGAUGGCACAAUGACUGAAUUAUUAUAGCUCAAGAUAAUUUUGGAAGAUUUACAAAUCAUCUGGGAAUGCCAAUAAAAUUAUUUUGCCACAAUAAAUCUACUAUUAACAUCAUUAACAAUUCUAUGGUAUAUGACAUAAUGAAACAUAUUGACGUAGAUACACUUUAUAAAAAGAAAAAUGGUUGGAUAGUGGAUCAAUGUAUAUUCCAUUUGUCUCAACUAAAUGACACUUGCAAAUGUGCUAACGAAGGACUCGGCAGUCUAACAUUCUAAAGACUUAUCUCCAAGAUCAUAUUUAACAACUUCAGGAGUGCUGAAAAAUCCCUCAAUCUUCCCUUUGUAAUACUAGGAAAUUAAUCUUCCUAAAAUUAUGGGAUACCGGUUAGUGAAUCUCAUUUUGUGAAAAAUUUGUUUUGAUUUACUGUAAUUGGUUUCCUAUUUUUUUCUUUUUGUAACAACUAUAUAUCCCUGUAUAUGCUCAUUCUGAAUAUACUAAAAAUUCAGUUCCUCUUCAUGAUUUAUUAUUAUUGUUCUGCACUACAGGUGUAUGCUGCACAACUUUGCAGGAAACAUUGAGAUGUAUGGAAUUUUAGAUGCAAUAGCUUCUGGUCCAGUUGAAGCACUUUCAAGUGAAAACUCAACAAUGGUUGGUGUUGGAAUGUCAAUGGAAGGAAUAGAACAGAAUCCAAUUGUUUAUGAUCUAAUGUCUGAAAUGGCAUUUCGACAUAAAAACAUUGAUGUCAAGGCAUGGGUAGGUCUUUACUCAAUGAGACGAUAUGGAAAAUCGAUUCCUUUGAUACAAGAUGCUUGGAAUAUAUUAUAUCACACUGUUUAUAAUUGCACUGACGGGUCUUAUGACAAAAACAGGGAUGUAAUAGUUGCAUUUCCUGAUGUUGAUCCAUUUUUUAUUUCAAGUCCACACAAAAUGCAUUACUGUUUUGGCAAGCCAAUAUCAAGAGGAGCAUCACUAAGGGAGCAAAAAGAUUCACAUGAUCAGCCUCAUUUAUGCUUCCAUCUAAUCUUAUGUACAUUUUGUGGCACUUUCUGCACAAUACUCAGGUAUGACCUAGUUGACCUAACAAGACAAGCUUUAGCAAAAUAUGCUAACCAGCUGUUCUUAGAUGUAAUUGAAGCCUAUCAGCUAAAUGAUGUUCAAGAAGUUGCCCUUCUCAGUGAAAGGUUUUUAGAGCUUGUGGAUGAUUUAGAUCUGCUUCUAGCAUGCCAUGAUGGAUUUCUUCUAGGACCUUGGUUGGAAAGUGCCAAGCAGCUUGCUCAGGAUGAAGAACAAGAGAAACAGUUUGAAUGGAAUGCAAGAACUCAAGUAACUAUGUGGUUUGACAACACAGAGGAAGAAGCCAGUCUGCUUCGGGACUAUGGGAACAAAUAUUGGAGUGGACUUCUACAAGAUUACUAUGGUCCCCGAGCUGGUCUGUACUUCAAGUAUUUGAUAGAGAGUUUGGAGAAUGGACAUGUUUUUCCUUUGAAGGAUUGGAGGAGGGAAUGGAUAAAGCUUACAAAUGAUUGGCAGAAGAGGAGGAACACAUUUCCUGUGGAAAGCGUUGGAGAUGCUUUGAGCUUAGCUUGUUUGCUCUAUGAGAAGUACUUGCGAAGUCCUGGCAUAAACUAUUUGGAUCACUGAUUGGAGCUGUGGCCAUGCUGAAUCACGACCUAAAUCAACUUCUUGGAAUGCAUAUCAUAGCACUGGUAAUCAGCAAAAUAUUUAUACUUGUAUGAAUCAGUUUUAAGGUAACUGUAACUACAAUUCCUAUAAAAUUUUAGUAGAUCGUCCGGUAAGAAAAAUUAUUACAAACUAUUUGCCCGAAGUGAUCUUUUUUGGAGGUAUAACAGAAAUUUGGAGCUCACAGGCUUAUGAAAACAUAAUCAUGUCAUAUCUUAACAUUACUUUCAAUUCCAA